UAUUGACUGUAUAAAUACGGUUCGCACCCCUAGCCGAGUCACACUUCAGCUAUCGCCGACUCGAGCAACCGAUCCAAGUAGCCAAAAUGUUCAAGCUCCUUCUCGUUGCCGCUCUGGUACCAGCCAUGACGCUGGCAGCCGUCAACUUCAGCCCCUGUCCUAACGGUGCCCCCACGCCAACGUCGUUGACCGUCAACGACUGUUCCGGUGAUGUGUGCCAGCUGCUUGCAGGAGGACGAGUCGACGCCUUGGCCAGUGGUAUCGUGAGCCCCGCCGAUAGUGCCACCGCUACCGCUUACGUCGUUGUCCGGCUCGGUGGUUUGGACGUUGGAUUCGAGAUGCCGCCAGAGUUGGAGGAUGCUUGCGCUAUCGGAAUCCAGGGUGGUUGCCCGCUCACUUCCGGUACUGCUUUCAACUACGCACUGAACGAUGACUCCCUGGAUGUGCCGGCCCGUGGUGUUGCCGUGGAGAUCGAGGUCGGUCUGACCGGUGACGGUGGUUCCGCUUUGGGCUGUCUGCGCUUCAACGCCGUCAUCAACUAGGUGGAGAGUCAUGUGGAAUACGUUUUUGGAAUAAAAUCGGAUUUGUCGUGUUUUGAGAAUGA